CAGUGCCAGUGUUGGAAUUGCCUGUGUCUGGGAGGCUAGUUUCUUAAGCAAGGCGAACAUGAGUGGCUUCUCGAAACUUUUUGGUAAAGGCAAUUUUUCCCAAACGACAGCGAAAACUCCGUUUAAAGCAAUUAUAACUUUGAAUCUCACCGUUUCUUGGAAUCUUUUCAGGUAAAACCGCGAUGAACGCAAAUUCGAGUUCCCAAGAUACGAUACAAAACCUGCGGGACACAGAGGAAAUCUUAAAAAAGAGACAGGACUUCUUGGAACAGAAAAUAAGUAAAGAAUUAUUAAUAGCCAAACAGAACGGAAUCAGAAACAAGAGGGUUGCCCUUCAGGCCCUGAAACGUAAGAAAAGAUAUCAACAACAUUUGGCCCGAAUUGAUGGAAUACUCUGCAAUAUUGAGAAUCAGCGGGAAGCCCUAGAAAAUGCAUCCACCAACAGAGAGGUUCUGGACACCAUGUCAACAGCAGCUGCUGCCUUGAAGAUGGCACAUCAAAACAUGGACACUGACCGUAUUGACAAGCUGAUGACUGAAAUCACAGAGCAGCAGGAGAUUGAACAUGAGAUCUCGGAUGCCAUAUCAACACCAAUUGGCUUCGCAGAUGACAUUGAUGAGGUACCACCUAAUUUCAACAUCCUACAGCACAUUACAAUCUCCUUUAAUAAGGUUUGUUUGUUGAUCUCUUUGUUGCGAAGGUUGCCCCCUAUAGUGAGAACACAUGGGCUGAUGCACCAUCUAGAAGAGGACGCCUGUUAUCCAGACAGAAAGGAGACUUGUCAGGGAAUCCAGCAAUUCAUGUUAUUAGGCCUACGGGAUGAAGGAAAGGAUGAGCUACUGUCAGAACUGGAGGAUCUGAAGCAGGAAGAAAUAGAGGAAGAGCUGCAGCCCUUUCAGCUUCCCAGUGCCCCGAGCGAGUUGCCAUCAAUACCAGUAGGCCAAAAAGAUGAGGAUGAACAGGAGAUAAGAAAGCUAGCAGAAUGGGCUUCUUGA